AGAACUUUUAAUCCAAGAAUCAAAAGCUAUUCAGCAAGCCAAAGAAAGCAUUCGAGUAGCUGAAAACGCAGUUCUACAGAAAGAAGAAGCUCUAUUUAGAGAACAGCAAGCCUUGAAAGAAGCUGAACGUUUACAAGCAUCUAUUAAUCAGUUAGUUGAAAAUGCUGCCCAAAGAACAAAAUUAGAAGUUGAUAGUAUUAAGAAAAGGUGCAAUGAAAAUAUCAAAAACUUAAUGGAAGAAAUAUAUAUUCUUGAAUUGGAUAAUAAUGAAAAGCAGACACAGUAUGAUCGUGUUGUUCGAGAAAAACGAGCAGCAGAAGAAGAAUUAGAAUUAUUACAUAAAGAAGGUUUGCAGAGUAAACCACAAAACAGUUUACUGUUUGACGAUCUUACUAAACGUCUUGCUACUGCAGAACAAUCUCGAAAUCAAGCUCAAUUGAAAAUUCAGUCUUUGGAGUCCAAAAUAAAGAAAAUGGAAACUUG